UUGCCUCUGCUUUCAAAUUCAUCUUCUUCCUUCUCAGUUCUCACCAUUAAAUCCUCCGCUCCUUUCUUCUUCUUCGUCUCUUUUCUUCACCUUUUCCUCACACACAAACACACACACUCAACCCUCAUUUCCAUAUAUAGAUACAAUAUAUGUACAAUUACAACCAUACCUUCCUAUUUUCAAGAAACAGAAAUGCUAAAUUUGAAAUUUGCCUAGAGAGAGAGAGAAAUUAUCAAGAAAGAGGGAGAAAAUUUUGAAAUUGGAAAGAAUUUUGGAUCCCCUUUUCCCCAAUUUGUGAAGGGGUUUGUGUUUUUGGUAGAUAUUUUCCUUAUGUAAUGCAUCAGAAAAAAUCUGAAUUACAGAUCGGAACAGAAAGCAGCGGCGUCUCUUCCGAUUUCAACCCCACCCCUCCCCUCCCCCCUUCCUCCCUCACCCAGAAACACCCCCAUUUCUCUCAAACCAAUCCGCCGCCUUCGUCCUCGCCUGGGCCCGCUCCCGACCUCCAAAUCCUCAUCAACGAUGAGAAUCAGCAGCUGGAGCCGAAUGACCCUUUUACCUCCAAGCCCACCCCCUUCAAGAGACCCCAUCUCCAGCAGCAAUUCUCCCGUUCCCUCACCAAGACUCCGACUCUCUCCAACGCUCUCCACAGAUACGGCGUGGACCCACCUGCAAAAUUCAGUCUUUUCCACAAUAGGUCUCAGAAAUUCUUGACCCAUUUCCACCACCACCUCCGCCACCUGCGCCGCCGUCUCCGCCUUCACCUCCGCCUCAUCCUUCUCCUCAGCCUCCCUUUCUUUUACUUCCUGGUCUCUCACCCUUCCAGGUCAUUCAUUCUUGAUUUCUUAUCCGCUUUCGCCUUCUCGGCCGUCCUCCUUUUUUCCCUCAAUUUAGCAAUCCCGAGGCUCCCCACGAUUAGGUUGUUCCUUGCCAAGUCCUUGCCGAUUAAGAUAAAUGCCAAGGGUCGUGUGAGUCGGCCUCAUUUUCCGGUGCUUUGGUCGAUUGGUUCGAGGCAGAAGGCGGACAAGAAGGCCAUUUCCGGGUGUUAUGUUCAAGCAUACACCAAUGGGGAUGUCUAUGAGGGUGAGUUUCAUAAGGGGAAAUGUAGUGGCAGUGGGGUGUAUUACUAUUACAUGAGUGGGAGGUAUGAGGGUGAUUGGGUUGAUGGCAAGUAUGAUGGCUAUGGCGUUGAGACGUGGGCACGGGGCAGCCGGUAUAGAGGGCAGUACCGGCAAGGCCUUAGGCAUGGUUUCGGAGUAUAUAGGUUUUAUACUGGUGAUGUUUACGCAGGGGAAUGGUCUAGUGGGCAGAGCCAUGGGUGUGGGGUUCAUACCUGCGAGGAUGGUAGCCGAUAUGUAGGAGAGUUUAAGUGGGGUGUUAAACAUGGGCUUGGACACUAUCAUUUCAGAAAUGGAGAUAGAUAUGCCGGAGAGUAUUUUGCAGACAAAAUGCAUGGAUUUGGGGUGUACUGUUUUGCAAAUGGCCAUCGUUAUGAGGGUGCCUGGCAUGAGGGGAGGAGACAGGGGCUCGGAAUGUACACUUUCAGAAGUGGUGAAACUCAGUCGGGCCACUGGCAAAAUGGAAUUCUUGAUAUUCCAAGCACACAGAGCAAUGUAUAUCCUGUUUCCCCCGUUGCUGUCAAUCACUCUAGAGUGCUUAACGUUGUUCAGGAAGCUCGGCGAGCAGCAGAAAAGGCGUAUGAAGUGAGCAAGGUGGACGAGAGAGUGAACAGAGCAGUAACAGCUGCUAACAGGGCAGCUAAUGCAGGAAGAGUAGCAGCAGUCAAAGCUGUGCAAAAGCAAAUGCAUCACAAAAGCAACAGCGAUGACUUCCCGAUUCCUAUCAUGUAAGACUGGCCGUCUGGCUGCCCGCCACUAACACCUAGCAUAACGGAUGACAUAUAACAGAAAAACAAAAAGAAAAGACGGUUGCAGCGACUUUAGGGUAAACUGACGACGCCAAUUUUACUAUGUUUCCUCUUUCAAACAUCCAUGUGUUUUUUUAGUGAAAGCUGAAAUUGUGAGCAGCUGAAUGGCACUGCGGAUACUGGGAUUUGUUUCCCAUGUUCAUCUGGCCUCUUUUUUUUCUUUUUCUUUUUUGUCUUUUUUUUUUGGCUUUUGUAAAGUUCAAAUAGGUAUAUGAUCGAGGGCUGGUGCAAAAGGGUAAACAAAACCAAUACUCAAGCAGCCCUGAAUGUGGUGAUAUGUAACUAUGAGAAAACUCAAGAGAGAAUGUUGUACUAAUAUUUCUAUUUCAACGUGUUGGCUUCUCCA